AUGGGUGCCUUAGAGGCACAAGCAGGACAAUUAUAUCAGAAUAAGAAAAUGGCAGAGACAUUAAGUAUGCACCUUGGACAGGAAUUUCAGGCCCCACCAAUGUCAGGAACAAAGGUAGAUGGGGCCAAAAAGACCAGCACCAGCUUGCGUGCCUGUUUCCUGAUUCCUUUCCCAGCAACAUCCAUUUUGGCCAAGAUAGGCUCAGGUCAAAAUCUCAUUUCAAUUGCCUGUAUCCUGGGAACAGGAAUAUUAGGCUUACCUGGUACAGUUGCACAUGCUGGACUACAGCCAUUUUUGGUUUCCUUCAUAGUGGGAUUCUUUAUGCAGGUGCUGUUGAUUUAUCUUUUUGUUGAUUUGCUGCAACGAUGUCGUUUGGUCCAAGUUGAGGCUGCAAAGCAUUUAAUGGUAGAAAGAAUCAUUAUGCAGGAUGUCAGUGGUCAAGAUUCCCUUCCAAGUUCCGUUCAAGACGAAGAAGAAACUGAGGAUGCAGAUCAUGUGUUGUUGCACCAGAAUAAUGGAAUUGACCAUUCUGAGGAGGAGCAAAUGCCAAACUUGCACAUAUUGGGUGCCCUUUUCCUGAACAAGUAUAUGAGUUAUGUUUUCGACCUUCUCCUAAUCCUACAAUUCAUUUCAAUUGGGAUCAGUUAUGUCUUGGCUGGUAGUGAAGCUUUUGCUGAGCUGUUGCAAAUCAGGCAUGUCUAUAUCAUUCCAUUCUUCACAUGGAUCUUGUCUUUGGGAAUUAUUUUGGCUCAAGUUAUUAUACAGCCAAUCACAUCCAUUUUGACCUUGGCAAAGGGAACUCUGUUAAUCAUCACAGUAAUUGUAACCUUUGUUGUUGGCUCUGAGAUCCAUCAAGAAAUAUUCAACGAUUUCUCCAGCAUUGGAACACCCUUCCUGAUGGGUACUGUUGCACUUGAAGCAGAAAAUGCUGGAAAAGCUCAGCUGGACUGAUGACAUCUGUGGAGAAAGAAAUGGAGCCAAUGUUUUGGAUCAGAUAUGAGUCUUCUUCGGGACAAAAGCAAAGCC